UCCUCCUCCUCCUCUGUCUCUGCCUGUCUCCGCACUGCUGGCCCCCUAUCUGUUGUGUGCCACAGGCAGCAUCACAGCAGCAGACAUUUGGCGAGCGAGACGCGGACUGCGGUCACCAAACUGCGCGCUUAAUGCUUCGCGUGGACAUAUCGAGGGGACGCAGGGAUUUCUGUGGAUCCUGUCUCUGAAGAUCCUUUUCUUACCCCGACGAACCCCAGCACACACUCACACACGCACAAGCCUGUCCUGCUCGUGUGGAUGGUUGACUGCAGAUUUGAUGGUGCUGAGCAGGCUCGUCUGAUUGAAGGCUUGCGGCCAGGGAGGGCAUCUGUAAGGGGCCGCGGAGAGAGAAACCUCUGUCCACCGCUGCACCCGCGCUCUGCCCCGUGACUGUGAAUGGACUGCGCUCCCUCCGUGAUUUUCUGCAGUCGCUCUGAGUCAUUUGUGGAAGAAGAUGGCGGACAGGGCUGAGAUGUUUUCCCUAUCCACUUUCCAUUCCCUCUCUCCUCCUGGCUGCAGACCAGCCCAUGACAUCAGCUUGGAGGAGUUUGAUGAUGAAGACCUCUCUGAAAUCACAGAUGACUGUGGGAUUGGACUCAACUACGACUCUGAUCCAUAUGAGAAGGACUCCCUCAUCCUGGAGAAGAAUGACAUGCACCACCCGGUCUGCUCCUUCCAGGACGACUUCCAGGAGUUUGAGAUGAUCGACGAUGAAGAUGAAGAUGAGGAUGAAGAAGAGGAAGAGGAUGAAGAGGUCGAUCCUGAUGCGCCACCGUCUCCCUCGGCCUCCCCUCCUCCCUCUCCGACUCUCGGCACGCUGAAGAGCCGACCCACCACACUGAACCUCACCACUGCUGUGUCGCAGGAUUCGCUGAACAACAACAGCAGUCUGUCCCCAAAGAAAGGAAGCUGGCAGGACUCUUUACGCAACCCAGCUUCACAGGGUCGUCUGUCUCCAACCCACUCGUGUCUGGAGGAUGGUAGCCAUGUGACGGGCCAAUGCCCAGCAUCUCCAGUCUCCCAGGCUCCGGUGUCUCAGAGCAAAGGUACUCCCCUAAAACAGGCAGGGGAGGGCGGGAACCCCCAGUCUCCUCAUAGGCCCCUCCUCUGCGACAUGGAGGGCAACAGGCGGGAGAGGCCCGAAUACGGCUCAUUUGGUCAACACAAGUCCCACCCAUGCACUGGUGAUGUGACUGAGUUAAAGGCAGACCCUUCAAUCCAGCCAACCAGAGUGCCCUCCGUAGACGAGCACUCCCAGUGUUCGGACACGGAGGUGGACCACGACCUCAACAGCGACCACAACCACAAACACUCGAACCGUCGCGCCACAGACACCUACACAAUCACCAGCGAGUCAGGCAUGGAGCCGGAGAACGACCUCGACCCCGAUGGGACCAGUCGCUGCCUGUCAUCUACUGCACCCAUGGGAGGUAAUGAUGGCGCCGACACGCCCUUGUCUGAUGAGGAGCUGGACAAGGACUUUGAAGUGGAGUUCAUGUGUAAGGAGACCUAUGAUGUGGUGUGUAAGGAGAAUCAGUUGUCAUAUGUGGAAUUCCCCUCAAUUGAACCCUGUGAGCCUGCAUCCUUCUCCAGCUAUCUGUCGUCUAGCCGCUCAGAAGCUCUCGACCGGUCCAACAGUUCAGACAGUCAAGCAGCUUCAGCAAUGGAGGCAGCGGCUAAUGACUCCACCUCUCCGUCGUCAGACCCAGGGAUCGCAGACAUGAACCAGCGGGGUUAUGUGACUUCAGACCAGGACAAGGACCUCAGCUCUCCAGGCUCUGACUCUGACAUUGAAGGUGAGCUGGAGGCAGCGUUUGCUUGUGGAGGUCCCGUGGCCUGCAACAUGAUUUCAUCUAUUUCAGAGACAGAGCUGGACCUGACUAGUGAUGAGAGUAGCAGCGGGCGCUCAUCUCACCUCACCAACUCCAUUGAGGAGGCCAGUUCACCUACAUCAGACCAGGAGCUGGACCCGGACACAGAGUUAGAGCAGGACAGUGGAAUCGUUGGACUGAAAGCAUCUCUGCUUCUGGGUCAGCCUGAUCCAAUUAAAGAAGGCUCUCCGCUACCCUCUCCUUCCCCUUUACCCUCACCCACUAUCGCUACACCCUCCCCUAUUGACUCACCCAUCUUACCUCCUGAGUCCUACGAUGAUGGCCAAGCUCUGAUGGGGCUGCAGAAUGUGGAUGAUGAGCUCUCCUGCGAGCACCAAGCUGAUCCAGAUGAGACUCUGCCUCCGGCUCAGUGCUGUGAGGACAGUCUUUCUAGACAGAUGGUUCUUCAGAUCGAACCAGACCACAGCCUGGAGAGCUUCAAACGCUCUUUUUACCUGCCAGUGGGACCCAGGCUAAUGCCAAGUGCAGAUGAAUAUGACGGAACAAGUGAGGGAGACUCUGAAUCAGAAAGUGAAGAUGAUCUGAGUGAAAACUCAGACUCACCCUGGCUGCUUAGCAACUUAGUGAACAGAAUGAUCUCAGAGGGCUCGUACCCAAUCAGCUGUCCGGAGGACUGUUUCAAGAGAAAGGUGUCUGUGUCUGAUACCAUCUCACCAUCGUCAGACAUUGGAGAUGGAGAUGGUUUCAAUGAUGAGGACCAAGAGAAGAAAGCAGGGAUGGAGGAAUCAGAAGAAGGGGAGAAGGAAGGUGAAGAGUAUAGGAUGGAGACAGAAAUGAGGAGUAGAAAUGUGGAGUCUUCAAAAGAAGGAGCAGUGAUAAAUCCACGUCUUUAUAUGAGUAACCCAACUGGUGACACCAUAACCCCGCUGAUUUUAGAGCGCUGUGCAAACAACGAGAGGGGAACCACAGAUUUCAACUCCUGGAACACUGCUAAAGACUGUGACAAGAACUUCACAGAGAAACCAUCGAAGAACGCAAGAAGACAGGUGGAAGAUGAAGAGCCCAAUAAUGAUUUGAUGAUGCUGGAGGGAAGGAAGGAUCUGGACUCACCCAGCCUUACAGAGAGCAUUGUCAGUGACAAGGAUGAAGGACGAGAAACUGAACCCAGACCAACGAGUCGUUCCUCAGCGUCUCUUGAGCGCAUCACCGAGGUUAAACACAGCCUGACACUUGAUAUACCCACCGCUCAGACCAACCGCUGCUUCAGCCUCACCUAUUCCACAGACAACGAUGAAGAGGAGGAUGACGGGGACUCUUACCCAUUCAUGGGUGGCCUGAGAAAGCAGUCCUUUAGGGGUAGUGACUUAGAACUUGACAGUUCACCCCCCAUUGAUUCCAGUGUGCAAGACCAUCCUUUUACUGAGCAAGACCUCCCACUGUGUGAGAAAGACCUGGUUCUGAGGCAGCCAAAUGAAGAUGAUGGACUGGCCUACGACUCCAUGAAGUACACGCUAGUGGUGGAUGAGAAUACAACACUGGAACUAGUCAGCCUCAGAAGAUGCACCUCGGUUCUGAGUGAUGACAGUGAGCUUUCCACUCUAUGUGAUGAGGAGCCUCUGGGAACAGGGGAGGUUGGAUACGGUCGUGAUGAUGAAGACGUGAGGCCAGAACUUCUCAGCUCUUCUGAAGACUCCUCUCCUGAGGCCGACCUCCCAUUCUCCAAGAAGUUUCUCAACGUGUUCGUCAACAGCACCUCCCGCUCCUCCAGCACAGAAUCCUUUGGACUUUUCUCCUGUACUAUAAAUGGAGAGGAGAGGGAUCAGACACACCGGGCAGUCUACAGGUUUAUUCCCAGACAUGCGGAUGAGCUGGAGCUGGAUGUGGACGAUCCUUUAUAUGUAGAGGAAGAGGAGGAUGACUACUGGUACAGAGGCUACAACAUGCGGACUGGAGAGAGGGGGAUCUUCCCUGCUUUCUACGCUCAUGAGGUCAUAGGCCAGUCCAAGGAGCUGCUGGGAAUGAAAAGGAAUCCGGCGUGGAUGGAGACUUUCAGCGUUCAGUUUUUAGGAUCUGUGGAGGUACCUUAUCACCAAGGCAACGGCAUCCUCUGUGCGGCCAUGCAGAAGAUUGCAGUAUCGAGGAAACGGACGGUACAUGUGCGGCCUCCCUCUCUCUGUGAGCUGGAGAUUAGCUUGCAAGGAGUCAAACUGAUCAUGAGCCUGGAGGACGAAUACGACACCCUUGAUGAGUACGACAGAUGUAGUCACUUCUUCCAGAUGAAGAACAUCUCGUUCUGCGGUUGCCAUCCGAGGAACAACUGCUACUUUGGCUUCAUCACUAAGCAUCCGAUGCUGAACAGAUUUGCUUGCCAUGUGUUCGUAUCCCAGGAGUCCAUGCGACCUGUAGCAGAGUGUGUUGGACGAGCCUUCCAGGAGUACUACCAGGAACAUCUGGAGUACGCCUGCCCCACCGAGGAUAUCUACCUGGAGUAAGAAGAGUUGCCAUAACAACCUUCUUCCUCUACAGCUUGUGUAUGUUCAUCAAGAUUGCCACCAGAGGGUGCUGUCAGUGGGGUUUUUUUUCCGCUCCAUUGUAAAAUACUCUUCUGUGUCCUCUAAAACUGGGAGUCCUCAUUUCUACAGUAUGCUAGGCAUCUGACUGAUUUCAUUCAUCCCUCUCUCUUUUGUUUAUUUCCAUGAUGUCGACGAAUUGAUUGCCUGUUUCUUUUAUCUUUUUCUAUGAUAUAAAAACUAAGACGCUGAGCACCUGUUUAUUUAAAGGUUCCUCUUUUGAAAUGAAAACGAUGUACCUACUACUGCUGUAUCACUUUUCAAUGCAUGGCUAGUAGGGUUACUGCACACAGACACACACGAGAAACACACAUAUCCAAGCGAAUGGCAAGCAGCUCAACAAUCAGCAAAGGGACCGAUGGUGUAGAAUCAACAGGUUGGCGUUUGAAUUAACUGUAAAUAUGUUUUUGUUCAAUUCUGACAAACAGCUAAUUUGAUUUCUACUGAUAGUGACAUUGGAGCAAAGUAGGGAAGAGUACAGUGAGCGGUCCUUGGUUCAAGCUUACCCCUGUGUCGCGUGCAAAACAUUGUGUGUGUUGUAAAUACAUGUAUAGAAAGUAGACAUACAGGCGCCUCAUCCAGACUAAUUAAGAAACGCUCACAGCUGACGGUGGGGAUUUUGUUCUUACUUUUGACGUGGGUAGUAAUGACUCACACUGACGGGAGUAACUGCAGGUGUCAGAGAGUUUCGGAGAGUUGACUUGGAAUGAACUUUGAAUGUCUUUAGCUCUGCAGAUAUUUUAUUCAGCUUGGAUUAGGUGCAGUAACUGUCAGCAAACUUUUGGAUGAUAUGACAGAACCAUUUCACUUUUGUCCAGUCCUCAAAGCUGCACUGCUUGUUGGCCUUUACCGUGGAGAGCUUUCAUAGCAAAUCACUCAAACGUUAAACCUGCGAAUCGUAGACCACCGUAAGCUUUGCUCUGACGGAUGUAACUUUUAGGUCGAAGAAAGCUGAGGUUCUCUGACAAGCCAUAUUCCCACAUCUCUGACUGUUUAACUCUGGUUUUCAGUGACGUACUAGUCUCCGUUUUCUUUUGACUUGGCGGUUUCAACGAGGGAAAAGGAACGACUAGAUCGACCAAUAGCUGCACAUCAGUGUGCCUACUGUACAGCGAGUGUCCUGCUAAUCCUUGGUCCUGGUAUCACAGUGGAAUCAAACCUUUAAUCAAGCAUUAAAAGGGAGGUUUUAUAGUUAUGUAAAUGAUUAGAUUUUCAUUUUUCUGUACGGUGGAUUAAAGGGACGGCGAAACGAUCCCACAUUUAUUUAUUGCUUUUAGUCUGAUCAAAAGGUUAAAGCAUCAUUCACGUGUUACACAUGAACCUGCUGUGGGGUUGUAAUAUCAUACCACAGCUUACAGUCUAGCACCUUAUUACAGAGAAGGGGGUAUAUUUAAAAAUGUGGCAAUCACUACUGUCUUCUGUUAUCUCAAAUUUCAGGCUUUGAGGUUUACCACCCCCAGCCAUCCCCGUCGUCCUUUCAGACACUGUUGAGCAUCUUGUUCUGCUGCUUUCAGUCACAGUUCCACAACGCAUCCGAUCUGCAGGAUCUCAGUGUUAAAAGUUCACUGAAUGUUGAUAUGGCAGGAGGGAGGUUCUUAUCUACAUAUGUAUCGCUGUCAGUUAGGUCAUGUAUAUACAAUAGCAAAUCUAAGAUAGUGCUGUGUCCUUUAUGUUGAGUAUGUUAUUGAAAUGAGUAUGUACAUUAAUUAAAAAGAAAUUUAAAAAAAGAUCACAUCGAGACGAAAAACCCCUAAAAGAAAAAAAAACACAUAAAUAUCUGUGAUCUGCAAUAAUUUUAUUUCAGUGUCUUAUGUUUCGACACGAGGUGUUCUCUCAGUCUCUGUCACACGGGUGGCGUUUGGGUUCCUGCCAACUCCAUAACUCUCCACAGACAGGCUUCAGCAGCACAUUUAGGGCACAUUUGUGAGACGUGACAUCACUAGUGUGUGACACACCCACCAGAUUACUGACCAAUCUGCUGUUAGAGCUGAAUAGUGACUGAGUCAGCUGCCACUGGAAAACUAUUAUUGUGUCUUGCCGAUUAUAGUAAUCGCCUUUGAGCUCCAACAGUGUGACCCAUCUCUGAUCUGUAUCUAUUUGCUUCUGAUUAUGUUUUUCUAUCUUGUUACAGCCUAGUUGAAAUCCUUUCUUUUCACACAGCUACACAAAAACAACCUCUGAGGAUGAUCUAGUCCCAUAUAGCCGCUGAGAAAUACAUUAACAGUUAAACCAACUUCUGACUUUAUUACUUUAACAAGAUUCUUCACUGUAUACCUAGAGCAAAACAGUAUGUGACAGAACAAACAUAUCCUAUCUUGUAUCUUUAAAAACAAGGACUUGUAAAAUUCAAGGGAAAACAAAGAAAAAAAAAGACAAAAAAAUCACUCUGCCUUGUCAUGGGUUUGGUCUUAUGAAUAAAAUAUAUGCUUGAUGUCCGA